AUGUUGAAAUAUAUCACAAUUUUUGAUCCCACAAGAAGCACAAAUGAAAAUGAUACUUUCAAAGAAUUAUUACUAUAUUAUCAAUUCGGUAAUGCGAAGGGUAAUGAAGGGAUAACUGAUAACGAAAAAUUAUCACAAAUUGGUAUCAUUCAAGCUGUUUGGUCAUUGACUCAAUCGUUUGGUGGGAGUUCAAAUGAUGAAGUGGAAAAGAUUAUUGAGUUGGAAAACAACGAUUCCAUUCUUGUAAUUAAAGUCGAGGGGAAAUUCUUUAUCUGUCUUUGUAUUGAAGGGUCUCGUGAUAACACUGACGAUACAAAUAGAAGAAGGAAUAUUAUACCGAAUCAAUUUUAUUUAGGUUAUCUUUGGUUAUGUUAUAAGAUAUUUGUGAUGCAAUAUGAUGAGUUUGCAAACUUUCACGAUAAUGAUAAUGCGAAUGAGAAUAACGGUAAUACAAUUAGAAAACUUUGUGGAUUACUCAAUGAACAUUUUGUUAUAUUCUGGAACAAUAUUUAUUUGAAACCUGAAACUAUUUGGAAAAGAGGAUUUGAAUCAUUAUGGCCAAAGCAUUUUAAAAACGCUGAAUUUAUUUCAACUUCUACUCAGAAUGAAUCAUCAACAUCAACAUCUGCACCGAAUUGGGAAUCUAUGAUAACUCAAAAUAUCUUACUGGAGAAAAAUGGUUAUUUGGGCAUUAAGGAUAUUUUAGUAUAUCAUUUACCAUCUCAAAACAGUACAUCUAAAAAUCAAUUGAAAUUAGGUAAUAAAACUUAUGGAUUAAUAAGUAAUUUUACCACAGAGUUUGAAAUGUUACCGGAUUUUUCUAAUUGGUUGUAUUAUUUGCAUUCAGUUUAUGAUGAGUUAUCUAGUCAUGUACUAGCAGGAAACGCUCAUUAUAAAGAAUUACCCCCGAUAGAAGGUAUUCAUUCGCAACACCGAGGGGUAGACAACGACGAAGAUAAUAAUAAUAAUACCGCUCCCAAUCCAAGCUCAAACCUCACUAAUAUAUCUUCAUUCUCCAAUAAACUAUUCCAUAACUUGACACUCCCCAUAUCAUUUGCAUUAGAUACAGUUCAAGAAAUUGGAUCAACCAUUGGGAUAUCAAAUAGUGUUUCCAUGUAUAAAGAUUAUAUACCUAGUUGGUCGUCAAAUUCGAAUAAUAAUAUUAGUACAACUACAAAUGAUGAGAAUGAAAUUGCCAAGAAUUCAAGGUAUGGAUUUUUAAUUUCCCCAUUAUGUUCAGAUAAAUUACCACUAAACUAUAAAAGAUUACAAUUAAAAUUAAAAUACUCCAAUGAAAUUGCAAAGUUAUACAAUUGUCUAUUUUGGUAUAUGAAUGAUAUUUUAAUAGUAAUAAUUUGUGAUACUAGUUUUGAAAAAAUUUGGGAUCAUGAAUAUUUAAAAGAUUUAAGUUUUAAAUUAUUACAAAGUAUGGAAAAUUUCCAUAAUGAGUACAUAUUAAACGCAACUUCAUCAUCAUCAUCAUUAUCAUCAUCGGCAGUGGAAUCAUUUGCUUAUACUGUUGUACAGAAAAAAUCUUUGAAUAUUAAAUCUUCUAUACCGAGGUGCAGUGGUAGUAGAAUGAUGAUGGAUUCAAUGAGAGAAAAUGACUCCCCUUUGAUGUUAGUCAUUCAAGAAAUUGAUCAAAUCUUUAAUACAACAAAUCCUGAUUCUCGUGGAGCUAGUAAUAAUAGUAGUAGUGGUAAUAAAUGGGGGCUGGAUAUUAUGGGAGGAUUAUUCAAAUUUCAUUCCAAAGAUACCAACAAUAUUAAUACAAUCACAGAGGCUUCGGAAGAAGGAGAGAAUAAUCAAAUAUCAAAGGGGCAAAAAAGAUUGUAUCGGAAUUUUCUUGAUAAUAUAUCAGAAGAUAAGUUAUGGGAAUUACAUUUGAAAAUUACUGAUUUUUUAAAUAUGAUAAAAAAUUCACAAAAGAAAUCAGGUAUUGUAGAAGAAAGAUUGUUACGUUUGGGUAAUGGAUUAUUAUGUUAUAUUAGAGAUGAUCAUGAUAGAUUAGUCAUUAUCAUUAGUAACUGGUUCGAAAUGGAUGAAAAACGAACGAGAUUAUUUACUCGAGGUGAUAGUGAUGAAGAUACUUUGUUGAGAAGUUUAGGUAAAGAUGUCAUGGAAUGGUGGGAUGCAACGACAACGUAG